UAACAACUAGCACUACCAGUAACAAUAUUUCAAGCAUACAAAAAAAUGAAGUGAAAAAAACUGAUAAGAGAAAUUAGUGUAAGUCUACAAGACAAACAAAGCAAUCAGAAAGCAAUCACAUAACAUAUUCAGUUCUAACGAGUGCUAAUGUUCUAUGAGGAUCUUAAAGAAUCAAGUGACAACAUCAGCAUGGCCAGUGGAGGAGAAGAUAAUCUAUAUUGCACAGGUACAUAUGAAGUGCAAGAAUGUCUUGAAGGUCAACGUGAGGUAGAUCUACACACACACCAUGCAAGUUGCACAAAAAAUCCUGGCCAUCAAGAGUUUGUACCUGUAAAUCAGAUAAUUGCUGAACAUUUCUCUCCUGGUAACCAUUACAACGAUGUGUAUGACCUCACAAAAGCCCUGGCUGACCUAACUGUCAGGAUAGCCGUUAAGUUGACCAGUCCAGACAGACCCGUGGUUGACGACAGCACAGUUUUGGUUGUACAUGUCAUUGUCCCGGUCAAACGUUGUGAACUUCAUACCAUUGUGGUCAACUAG